AUGGCGGACAUCUCCCUGGACGAGCUCAUCCGGAAACGGGGAGCAGCGGCAAAGGGGAGGCUCAGUGUCAGACCAGGAGUUGGAGGCGUCCGAUCGUACGUUGGGAUCCAGCAGAGCUUCCUCAGUCCGCCAGCACGCACAGCCACCUUCCAGCAGAAGUUUGAUGCCCGGCAGAAGAUUGGCCUCUCGGAUGCCCGGCUCAAGCUGGGAGUCAAGGAUGCCCGAGAAAAGCUGUUGCAGAAAGAUGCUCGUUUCCGGAUCAAAGGGAAAGUGCAGGAUGCCAGAGAGAUGUUGAACUCCCGCAAGCAGCAGAGCAUGGCUCCCCAGAGGCCCCACCAGGUGGCCGAUGCCCGGGAGAAGCUCAGCUUGAAGCGGAGCUCCCCUGCCUCCUUCAUGAGCCCCCCCAUCGGGACGGUGACCCCCGCGCUGAAGCUCACCAAAACCAUCCAGGUUCCACAGCAGAAGGCCGUGACACCACCUCACACCCAUCCUGCUGGAAUGAGGAUUAAUGUCGUCAACAAUCACCAGGCCAGACAGAAUCUGUACGACCUGGAUGAAGACGAUGACAUUGCAACUCCCAUUCCUAGUAAACAGACGAAGCUGACAGCCUCCAGCAGCUUUCUGCACCACAUGGCCGGACUGAGCAGUUCCAAGCUGUCUGUGUCCAAGGCCGCCCCCCUCACCAAAGUGGUGCAGAAUGAUGCGUACACAGCACCUGCGCUCCCAGCCUCGGUCCGAACAAAAGCCUUGACCAGCAUGUCCCGGACACUAGUGAACAAGGAGGACACCCCCAAAGAGCUGCCGCCUGCUGAGCCUGUCCUCAGCCCUUUGGAAGGGACCAAGAUGACUGUGAAUAACCUGCACCCUAGGGUCACCGAGGAGGACAUUGUGGAGCUUUUCUGUGUAUGUGGAGCCCUGAAGCGGGCUCGGCUGGUCCAUCCGGGGGUAGCAGAGGUGGUUUUUGUGAAGAAGGAUGAUGCCAUCACUGCCUAUAAGAAAUAUAACAACCGGUGUCUGGAUGGGCAGCCAAUGAAGUGCAACCUUCACAUGAAUGGGAACGUCAUCACCUCCGACCAGCCCAUCCUGCUGCGGCUGAGUGACAGCCCCUCGGUGAGAAAGGAGAGCGAGCUGCCUCGCAGGGCGAACUCCACUGCCGCCUCCAACCCUCCGGCCGAGGUGGACCCCGACACCAUCCUGAAGGCGCUCUUCAAGUCCUCGGGGGCCUCUGUGACCACGCAGCCCACAGAAUUCAAAAUCAAACUUUGA